GUAUGUUACUACACGAAUUGGUCCCAGUACCGAAAACAACCAGGACGAUUUCUACCCUUCAACAUCGACCCGUUCCUGUGUACCCAUCUUAUCUUCUCCUUUAGUAAAAUAGACUAUAAUGGCCAUCUCGCACCUUAUGAAUGGAAUGAUAUCCAAUAUCCACAUAUGUACCGACAAUUCAACGCUUUGAAGAAGAAGAAUCCCAAAUUACGGACAUUGUUAGCGGUCGGAGGCUGGACUCAUGGAUCGAAACCUUUCACCGAGAUGGUCACUACCGACGAUGGCAGACAAUCUUUCAUUGAUCAUGCUGUUCAAUAUCUGAGGACUCAUAAUUUUGAUGGUUUGGAUCUGGAUUGGGAAUACCCAGCAAAUCGUGGAAGCCCGAAAUCAGAUAAACACAAAUUCUCAGUUUUAUGUCAGGAAUUGGAAUCUGCGUUUAAACAUGAAUCAGAAAUGACUGGAAAAGAGAAGCUACUAUUGACGGCUGCUGUCGGAGGCGGGAAGAAAAUUGUCCUAUCAGCUUAUGAAGUACCACAGAUUUCAAAACAUCUUGACUUUAUCAACCUGAUGAGCUAUGAUUUAUUUGGUGGCUGGAGUAAAACUCUGGGUACUAACGCUGGUCUGUAUCCUCCACAGGAUCUGGACGAGAAAGAACAUCCUUCGGAUAGUGUGGAUGGUGUGGUACAACUAUGGUUAGAUCUAGGAGCUGAUCCAUCUAAACUCGUCAUGGGAAUACCUCUGUAUGGUCGAUCCUUCACAAUCUGUGGUGCUGAUAAGAUCAACAUCGGCGAUAAGAAUUGUGGAGUUGGCAAACCUGGUCCUUAUACCAGAGAGAAGGGCUUCAUGGCGUAUUAUGAGGUAUGGUAUCAUUUGAAAUCUGGAUAUACAAGAAAAUGGCUGGAUGAUCAACAAGUUCCAGUUGCCUUUAAUGUCCAGGAGAAACAAUGGAUUGGUUAUGAUGAUGAGCGAAGUGUAGGGUUAAAGGCCGAGUACAUCAAGACUAAUAAACUAGCAGGUGCUAUGAUGUGGGCUGUCGAUUUAGAUGAUUUCGGUGCCAUGGAAGGUGACGUGUAUCCAUUAAGCAGAAAAAUCAGGUCCACUUUAGAAGGCGACAUGGAAUUCCCCGAAUUUGUGGCUCCUCCAAACCCUGAGACGGUAAGUUGA